GCUGGUUUUCUGAUACUUACAUUACAAUUUACCACACACACUCAGGAUACCGAGCAACGUUCCCCCACCCAAAAGCCGGCGGCUUCCCUGACCCUUCGUCCUCUUCUUUCUUUUGAAUUUGCCCUUUCUUUUAUUUUAACUUUUUAAUUUUAUUUAAAUUUAGUUUAUUUUAUUUUCGACUCUCUCUUCGUUCUCCAUCUGCGUUUUUGUGUUUGUUGGAUUCCAAAGCACGAAGCACAAAAAGGACAACACAAACAAAAAGAAAAGAAAAGAAAAUAGUGAAGUUUUUCAGAACAGCAAAAACAAAACGAAAAGAGAAGAAAUUUGUCGACGGAAAUGUUCAUCUCUCCGGCGUCGUUUCAGGUUCUCUGUUUUCAUUCAGCUUCACAAAUGCAGUAAGCUGAGGAAGGAAAAGAAGGAAAUUUUUUUUUUUCCUAGUGAGAAAGGGAAAAAGAGUUAAAAAAAUGCACGAAGCGCUGUUGAAUGAGCAGAGCGACGUCAUUUCAAACACCAAGAAGAAAAAACCCGACGAUGAGGACCACCUGUUGGUUGCUGUUACUACUCCUACGGCUCACCAUCACUUGAGCCGAUCUCAAGCUACAACUCGGCGCGUGACUCCCACAACUACCUUCACAGACUUUGUGACGGCGGGUUCGGGUGCUACCGUCGAGAAACUCCUCCCCAACGGUGAUCUGUACAUCGGUAGCUUCUCCGGUAACACGCCGCACGGAUCGGGAAAGUACCUUUGGAAAGACGGGUGCAUGUAUGAAGGGGAGUGGCGGCGCGGGAAAGCUUCCGGGAAAGGGAAGUUCUCGUGGCCAUCUGGAGCCACUUUCGAAGGCGAUUUCAAGUCAGGUCGGAUGGAGGGAUUCGGGACGUUCAUCGGAUCCGACGGCGACACUUAUCGUGGGUCGUGGAGCUCCGAUCGAAAACACGGCUACGGCCAUAAACGUUAUGCCAAUGGGGAUUACUACGAAGGAUCGUGGAAAAAAAACCUACAAGACGGACACGGCCGUUAUGUUUGGAGUAACGGGAACGAAUACGUCGGGGAAUGGAAAAACGGCGUCAUAUCCGGUCGUGGAACCCUGAUUUGGGCAAACGGAAACCGUUACGAUGGGCAAUGGGAAAACGGAGCUCCCAAUGGAAACGGGGUUUUUACUUGGCCAGACGGGAGUUGUUAUAUCGGAGCGUGGAACGAAGAUAACGUGAAGAAAAUUCAACAACUAAACGGAACGUUUUAUCGUGGGAACGAUGGGAAAGAGCUUUGUCUAAAAGGAGGGGAGAGUUUGGUGGUUAUGCCGAGGAAAAGAUCAUCGGUAGAUGGAAGGGGAAGCUUAGGGGAAAGGAAUAUGAAUUUUCCGAGGAUUUGUAUAUGGGAAAGUGAUGGUGAAGCAGGGGAUAUUACUUGUGAUAUAAUUGAUAAUGUGGAAGCUUCGAUGAUUUAUAGAGAUGGGUUAGGGUUGGAUCGAGAUGGGUUUAGGCAAUUUAGAAGAAAUCCUUGUUGUUUUAGUGGGGAAAUUAAGAAGCCAGGACAAACGAUUUCUAAAGGCCAUAAGAACUAUGAUUUAAUGCUUAAUCUGCAACUGGGUAUCAGAUAUUCUGUUGGGAAACAUACUUCCAUGUUGCGCGAAUUGAAGCCAAGUGAUUUUGAUCCUAAAGAGAAGUUUUGGACAAGGUUUCCAGCUGAAGGAUCAAAGCUUACACCACCUCAUCAAUCGGUGGAGUUCCGGUGGAAGGAUUAUUGUCCAGUGGUGUUUAGACAUUUGAGGGGCCUAUUCCAAGUGGAUCCUGCGGAUUACAUGCUAGCUAUUUGCGGCAAUGAUGCCCUUAGGGAGCUUUCUUCUCCGGGGAAGAGUGGAAGCUUCUUUUACCUUACUCAAGAUGACAGAUUUAUGAUAAAGACAGUAAAGAAAUCAGAAGUCAAGGUCCUUAUAAGAAUGCUUCCAAGUUAUUACCAACAUGUUUGCCGGUAUGAAAAUUCCCUUGUGACAAAAUUCUAUGGCGUGCAUUGUGUCAAACCUAUUGGUGGACAGAAGACCCGGUUCAUUGUGAUGGGCAAUUUGUUCUGCUCUGAGUACCGAAUCCAUAGACGGUUUGACCUUAAAGGAUCUUCUCAUGGUCGCUCAACUGAUAAACCAGAAGAGGAAAUUGAUGAAACCACAACCUUAAAAGACCUGGAUCUCAAUUUUGUGUUUCGCCUCCAAAGAAAUUGGUUCCAGGAACUUAUGAGGCAAAUUGAUCGAGAUUGUGAGUUCUUGGAGGCUGAGAGAAUUAUGGAUUACAGUCUUUUGGUUGGACUGCACUUUCGUGAUGAUAAUAGAGGUGAUAAAAUGUGCUUAUCGCCGUUUCUCUUGCGCACUGGCAAAAAGGAUUCAUAUCAAAAUGAAAAGUUUAUGCGCGGCUGUAGAUUCCUUGAAGCAGAGCUACAAGACAUGGAUCGGAUUUUGGCUGGCCGGAAGCCAUUAAUUAGGCUAGGAGCAAACAUGCCAGCAAGAGCAGAGCGAAUGGCAAGAAGAAGUGACUUUGAUCGGUAUAGUCAAGGUGGAAUCAGUCACUUUUCUAGUGGUGAAGUUUAUGAAGUAGUCUUAUACUUUGGCAUCAUCGACAUCUUACAAGAUUAUGACAUCAGCAAGAAAUUAGAGCAUGCAUACAAAUCCCUACAAGCUGAUCCUACUUCGAUAUCAGCUGUUGAUCCAAAACUCUACUCUAAGAGGUUUCGAGAUUUUAUAGGAAGAAUUUUUGUCCAAGACACGUAGCUUUCUGGAAUGCCAUGCUGGGAAUUGUCCCCCUGUCUAGUCAGAGAAUACCCCUUCAAUCUUGACUGCACCAUUCUGGAGUGCCCGCUGGGAAUUAUGCAGCUUCUGUUUACUAUCUUUGAGCAAAAGCUCCAUGGGGACACAUAAAAAGCCAUCGACUGUAAAUUUAUGGGAGAGGUCGGUAGCAGCAGGUUUUUGAGGAAUUGUUAAUGGCUGAAUUUUGAGGAUCAGCCCAUCUUCAUAUAUUGAAGGUGCAGCCCUUGUACAUUCAAAAAGGGGGAGGUGGGGAGGGAAAUUGGAUUCUGGUGGGUCCUUUUUUUUUUUUUUUUUCAUUUUCCCUUUUUCGAGGGGUGAAAUUUUUGUGGAAACCUAGGAAUGUGAAUUAUGAAGGAUUUGAAAGAUAGGUAUAGAGAACAGAGAAGAUUCAAAGUUGGGGAGGAGACUUGGAAUAAGAAAGUGUACAGCUGAUAGAAAAGAUGCAAUAGUUUAUGGAAUUUCAUGAAUUGUUUUUUUGUGAGAGAGAUAUCUUCAAAACAAAAAAAAAAAAAAAGAAAUUAUUUGAAUCAGAUUAACAGCAGCACAGAAGAGAGAGAGAGAGAGAGGUGUCAUACUCCCAUGAGAUCUCUCAUCGCUCUGACUCUCUCCCCUUUUAUUUGUUUUAUUAUCUAUAAAUGGGGCUCUUCUGCAUUGUAGUAGGAUAAAAAUGGGGUCAUUCCAUUGCUUUUGCAGUGAAAGGGAGGGUUAAAAACAUGAAAAGCAGAGAAAGAAAAGAGAAAUAUGCGCUGGUGUUUCUUCUUCUUCCCCACUUUGUUUACCCUCCAUCUCUCUUUACUG